AUCCAACGGACGCAAGUCGGAUCGGUCGGACAAGCCACAAACCCCUCCCUUAAACCUCAGACUGCUCCGACCUCUUCGGUCUCUACCAUCGAGCGAGGAUCAAACUCGCCACCACCGCCACUGAGAGUUGUCGCUCCCACAGAAGGAAGAUACGGCCGAGGAGACUUCAGCAGACAGGAAGGGAGGGGGAAAAGGGUGAGAGAUGAGAGGAUUGCAGCUCCCACUGACUCAAACCCAGAAAGUGAGGCUGCAGAGAGCACUCGAAAAGCUCGAGGCUUUGUUGUCGAAGGCCAACUCCAAUGCCUCUGUCACUGUGGCCGACACGAUUCCUGUCAACUACGAUGACGCCUUUCUCAAGGGCCAUGGAACCACUGAACAUAAUGGCGAAGUUGUUGCUACAGUAUGUGGAGUAGUUGAGCGAGUCAACAAGCUGAUCUAUGUCCGUACUCUGCGAGCCAGAUACAAGCCAGAGGUUGGAGACAUCAUUGUUGGACGUGUUAUUGAGGUAGCUCCAAAGCGUUGGCGACUGGAUAUAAAUUAUAGUCAAGAUGCUGUGUUAAUGCUUUCUUCAAUUAAUAUGCCUGAUGGAAUUCAGAGGCGAAGAACUGCAGAGGAUGAGCUUAACAUGCGCAGUAUUUUCGAAGAAAAUGAUGUCUUAUGUGCUGAAGUUCGUGGCUUUCAGCAUGAUGGUCUGCACCUCCAAGCAAGAAGUCAGAAAUAUGGAAAGCUUCAGCGGGGACAACUUCUCUCAAUCCCUCCUUAUAUUGUAAAGAGACAAAAGCAGCACUGGCACUACCUAGAAGAGUACGGGAUUGACCUGAUACUCGGUUGCAAUGGAUUUGUCUGGGUCGGCGAGCACGUGGAAACCAAGGAUGAAAUGUUGGUGGAUCAAGACAAACCUGAAUCACAAACUUCAAAAACAAACGAUUACUCCAUGAGUCUUGAAAGUCGAGAGCAUACAUACACACCAUUGGAGACAAGGCAGAACAUAUGCAGAAUUGCAAAUGCCAUACGUGUCUUAUCUAUGUUAGGAUUUAUAGUCACGAUAGAAGUGGUCAUGGAAGUAGUCAAUCUGGGUGUCUCCCAGAACAUGGACACACAUGAGAUGCUAGGAUCGGAGUUUUGUGUGUUGGUUGCGGAAAGGGAGGCUGAACGGCGGAGCCAGAAAAGAACAAGGGGUAACUAGGUGUCAGUUCAAUGAGUUAGAUGUUUCUAACUUUGCCUGGAGAGCGACUUGGGUAAGUCAAUGAAGCUCAAAGGAAAAACAAUAUUUCCAAUAGUGGCAUUGUAAGAUGAUAGGAAUUUGGUUUUUUUCCCUCAGUUUUGCUCAUUGAUUCCUUGCUUC